AUGGUAUGCGAUGAACCUGUUCGGCCCAGACAGCAAACCAUUCAAUGUGAUGGAUGUUUUUGCUGGAAUCAUCGAGUCUGCAACACUGGUAAGUUUUCAACACUAUUACAUGUAUUAUUGGUAUGUGAGGUUGCCGCUUAUAUACUCUAACACUUAGAGAACUUUACUAUGAUUACGUUAUCUCAAUUUAGAUUUUUACUUUGAUUCAAUAGGUAUAUCACAAGAAGUUUAUCGGGCAGCUGUUCGAUAUGGAAAAGAAAUGACUGGCAGUGCGCGGUGUCUUCGCAUCCGGACUCCUACGCCGAUCCUUCCAGCUACCUGGAAUCAGGAGCUCUAGAGCUUACCUUCAUUGACCCAGAAGAAUCCCACCCUGAUGCAGAGAGUACGCGAAUUGAGAACCCCGAAGAAUCCCAGCCUUAUGUGGAGAGCCAGUACAGCACUGAUCACGAAGAAUCCUCCCUUCAUGACCCCACUCCAGCCGAGACGUCGUCUUCCUUCGCCGUGACGUACGAGAUCGUGGAGAACAGUUCCAAAAGAGGCCGGCCGAAGCUGAUAGACAGCCAGGGGUACAGCUACACCCUACAGAGAAGGCGAGGCUUAGUCACUGACGGCAGUGUUCCAUCCGCCCCAAAGUCAACCCAUGUAGGGCCACAGUUAGACAGCGCGGCGACCAGUUCCAGUGCGGCAACCAUGUCCACAACCACCAGGCUCAAGUGGGAGCAUUGA